CCCUGCUUCUGUCAAAUGAGUUCAACGGCCGUCUGGCGGAAAUCGUCGUCGGGAAGGAUGCGUUGGAAGUUCGAUAGCGAUUGGGUUCGGACCCUUAUCUGAGGGAGAACGCCGGAUCGGAAGAGGAGAGGGAGGAAACGUUCCCGAGCCGGAUUCUCUAUUCCUCCAUCGAACGGACAGUCUGGUGAGUCAAACUUUCUCCGCUUUUCUUUCCCACGUGUUUAUAACGUACGGCGAAUCGAUCCCUCGACGACCUCACUCCAAAACGUUGCUUUUUUACAGACGAACGAAAAUACGAAUGUCCGUCAUCCACCGUGCCGUCUGGGUGUGGGUGAUCCUGCGCGUUUCCGCGGUUUCGGUUUCAGGUUUCGUUCCUCUGGAGGAUCUCUUGCCCUUCUCCCACCGGCAGGGGGAGAAUUGUCGGGCGGCGGAUGGAUCCCCGGGAAGAUGCGGAUCUCUGGCUCUGUGUCCGGAGGCCCUGCUGUCCCUGAAACGGGGCAAGUUGCCGAAGGUGUGCGGAUUCCGAGGCCUGGAACCUCUAGUCUGCUGUCCCGAAAAGGACGGGACCGCGCGCUCCUCCUCGAAAGGUAAGAUUUCGGCCAACGUCGCCCACUCGGCGAAAUUUCUGAUCGAAAAUCGUUUCAGGAUGCGGAUGGAGAACGAAACCGAAAUCCCACGCGUUGUUCGGAACGCCCGAUUGGCAGCAGCACCUGGUGGUGGGCGGGAGGAUAUCCCAAGAGCCCUGGCCCUGGAUGGUAAGUUUUGCCGGGUGGAAGGUACCGAAGGUCGAGUGACCCUAUCUCUUUCCGCGCAGGUGGCCAUUUUUUCCAAGAAUUUGAAGGGGGAGACGUUCCUGUGCGGGGGAUCCGUCAUCGGGCCCGAUACCGUCUUGACCGCGGCUCACUGUUUCGCCGACGAUGACCGGAAAAUAGAAGCCGGCCGAUACGUGAUUCGAGCGGGCAAUUUAAUCGAACACAAAGGUAGAGCCUACGGCGCCUCCCGGAUUCUUCUCCACCCCGAAUACACCUCGAGGACUCACUACCACGACGUCGCCCUGAUCAGACUGGAGGAGGACCUAAGACCGGAAGACGCCCGGCCGGUGUGUCUUCCGCCGGAGACACUGACCGAACAGGCCCUACGAGGCAAGAACGUUACGGUUUUAGGGUGGGGAGCUCAAAGUUACGGUAAGUCGCGUUACGCGCCGUCGAUUUUAAAUGGUCGGAUGCGUGACGCUCGCCUUCUUACAGGAGGAAUUCGAAGCCGGCAACUGCGGGAAGCCGACGUAAUCGUGUGGUCCCUGAAGACCUGCAACGAAUCCUACCGGCGACUGGGAUCUUCCACCCUACCUCGGGGCAUCACGGAUGGCUUCGUCUGCGCGGGAGUUCCGGAAGGCGGAAAGGACGCCUGUCAGGCCGAUUCGGGAGGACCCUUGCUGCUGUCUUCGGAGGGAAGAUGGAGCGUGGUGGGAGUGGUCUCGUUCGGCUAUUCGUGCGGAAAGGCACAAUUUCCGGGAGUGUAUACCAGAGUCACCUCUUACGAGAAGUGGAUCCUCGAGAAUACUAGCCUGUAGGGAGGAUUCCUCCGUCAAAACUGGAAUUUUAGUCAAAUAAACA